AUGAACCUUAAAUGGCUGAUCUCUGUUUGGUGUCUACAUAGAGUUGCGCGAGCAAGACUUGCAGACGACAGUCGUUUCUCGUGGUUACCAGGACAGGAAGUCUCUGUCACAGGGUUUAUAGACCGAGAUUUUGCAACCACCAUGGCUGAACAAUUAACAGAAGAGCAACUUCGAGACCUGAAACUCGUGUUUAACAUAUUUGACACAAAUGGGAAUUCAGAGAUCGACGCCAGUGAAUUAGAGAAAGUUCUACAAGCAAUGAACCAAAACCCCACACCUGAAGACGUGCAAGAACUGUUGGAAGAAAUCGGCGCUGACGAUGGUGUGAUCACGUUCGAGCAGUUUUUACAAUGCGCGCCCUCUAGAAUGCGUUCAAAUGACGAGGAGGCAGACAUGGUAAAGGCAGCCUUCCGUGUCUUUGAUAAGGAUGGAAGUGGCUACAUUUCUAUGGAGGAAGCUAAAGAGAUUCUACAACGAGGAGACAACGGGAUCACAGACGAGGAAGUGGAUGAAUUCUUCCAAACCGCGGACCUCGACAGUGAUGGCAGGAUCAACCUUGACGAAUUUGCAACAGUCUUAAAUAGACCUUUUAUGGUGGAACCAAAUGAGUGAUGACAAAAACAACAUGUGCAAUAUAAACUGAGGUGACGCAGUUUGUCCUUUAUAUGUAUACGCUCCAAAUUAAUCAUCACAGAACGGUAUUAAACGAGAAUAUU